AUGAGCUUUUCCAAAUUGUUUUGCGGUGCUAAAAUCAUUCGUUCCGGCGUGGCUAUCAAUACGGCAGUGAGGUCAUUGGCUGCCGCCACAGACCAAGCAAAGAGUGGCUCUGGGAAGGAACAAGCGAAGGGAGAUAAAUCUAGUCAUGAUGAUAAGAAGUGCGUGGUGCUGGGCGUGUUCGAGACCGAAAAGCAACUGGAGCUGACCCCAGCCGCCGAGGAGGUCAACCAGCGUAGCGGGGGCAAGUUGGCGCGACACUUGAACGACCUGUCCUGUCAGCUGAGGCUGGGCAAGGCGUUUGUGGUGACGGACGUGCUGCCUGAGCUGGGAGACGUGGCUCUGGCUUCCUUCGGGCCCAAGGACGCAGGCUACAACAAGCUGGAGGAACUUGACGAAUACAGGGAGAACGUGCGUUGGGGCGUAGGUGCUGGGGUGUCCGCGCUGAGGAAGCGUGGCUGCACCCAGGUCCAGUGGACCCGGCGUCCGCGCCAGACGCCGCCGCCGAGGCCGCCACAC